UGGUGGGCCUCAAUACUCUGUGUGUGGCCAUAGUCCACUAUGACCAGCCUGAGUGGCUCACAAGGGCCCUCUACACAGCAGAGUUUGUGUUCCUGGGUUUGUUUCUGACUGAGAUGUCCUUGAAGAUGUACGGCCUUGGAGUGAGGAAUUAUUUCCACUCCUCCUUUAACUGCUUUGAUUUUGGGGUGAUUGUGGGGAGUAUUUGUGAGGUGAUCUGGGACAUGAUUAAACCAGGAGCAUCGUUUGGUAUCAGUGUGCUGAGAGCCCUGAGACUGCUCAGGAUAUUCAAAGUCACCAAAUAUUGGAACUCAUUGAGGAACCUCGUGGUUUCCCUGCUCAAUUCCAUGAAGUCCAUUAUCAGCUUGCUCUUCCUUCUCUUCCUCUUCAUCGUGGUCUUCGCUCUGCUGGGCAUGCAGCUCUUCGGAGGACAGUUUAACUUUGAAGAUGAGACGCCAACAACCAACUUUGAUACGUUCCCAGCAGCCAUCCUCACUGUGUUCCAGAUACUGACUGGCGAGGACUGGAACGCCGUGAUGUACCACGGGAUCGAGUCUCAAGGAGGCGUUCGCCGCGGCAUGUUCUCCUCCAUCUACUUCAUUGUCCUCACACUCUUUGGAAACUACACCCUGCUGAAUGUCUUCUUGGCUAUCGCUGUCGAUAACCUCGCAAAUGCACAGGAGCUGACUAAGGAUGAAGAGGAGCAGGAGGAGGCGGCCAAUAAGAAGCUCGCCCUGCAAAAGGCUUUGGAGGUGAAGGAAGUCAGCCCGAUGUCCGCAGCCAACAUCUCAAUCGCUGCUUUUGUAAAGCAAAAUCGAGAUGCACUCUCUCGCAGGUCGUCCAUCAACAGCAUUCAGUCACCGAGUUAUACUGUCUACUCCUCCCCCGCCCGACGAAUCUUGAGUAAGGAGCAGCAGCGGUCAGCAAAGGCCAUGUCAGUGUGGGAGCAGAGGACCAACCAGCUGAGGAAACACAACAUGAGGGCGAGCACCGAGGCUUUGUUCAACGAGCUGGACCCCGAGGAGCGCCUCCGGAUUUCCUCCGCCCUCCACCUGCAUCCUGACAUGAAAACCCACCUGGACCGGCCACUCGUGGUGGAAGCCAGGGACGGCGACAAACCCAGCAAGCCCACUGAUGGGGGAAAAGAGGAGGCAGCAGAUCCACAGCAGGAUGGGUUGGGAGACUUUCACACGCACUCUAGAAGGAAUCACAGGCACCGCGACAAGAACGGGGAGAGCAGGGAUGGAGGCAACGGCCGUGGAGGGAGGCACCACACCCAUCACAGCCGGGGCAGGGAUCACAACGGCGACGGUGCCCCGACAAAAGAGAGGAGAGGGGAGCGAAGCCACAGCCGCGAUGGAGGGCAGGGACACAGGCACCACCACCAGGCCGGCUCCCCUGAGGAGGAGGCCAAUGACGUACGAGGAGGAGGAGAAGAAAGGGGGCAUCGCCACCAUCACUCCCAUCGUCCACUGAAAGAGGGGAACGGGAUGAUAGCAAAUGGUGCACAGGGAGAGCGCAGGGGGAAGGGGGGAGGAGGAGGGGAUAUUAAUGGAGAGAGGAAGGGACGCUGCUCUCGUAUGGUCAGAGCUCAGUCUACACUGGAUGGAGAGGACUCCAAUAAGAACAAGAAUGGGACCAAAGGUAACAGGGAGAGGCAGUCAGAUGCGGACGAGGAUGGCCUCGCCUCCAGUCCUCUGCAGCCAGUGUGGAGUAACCUGAGUCUUGGAGAAAAGCAAGAAGAUGCUGACAACCAGAAAAACUCCACCAGGGCCAGCCAGGCCGGCCUCAACAGCAACGCCAUACACAUCCCUGUCACCAUCACUGCCCCGCCUGGAGAAACCACCAUCAUACCCAUAAACAAUAUCGACUCUGACAACUUCCUAUUUGGCGAGGAGAAGAAAGAUCUGGAGGAGGAGGAGGAGGCUAAUGGGCCUCGGCAGAUCCUUCCUUACAGCUCCAUGUUUGUGUUCGGGCAAACAAACCCGGUGCGGCGGCUCUGUCACUACGUGGUCAACCUACGCUACUUUGAAAUGUGCAUCCUGAUGGUCAUUACCAUGAGCAGCAUCGCUCUGGCAGCCGAGGACCCCGUCCAAGCCAACGCACCGCGCAACAACGUUCUCAAAUAUCUGGAUUAUGUCUUUACUGGAGUCUUCACUUUUGAGAUGGUGAUAAAGAUGAUUGACUUGGGACUGCUUCUCCACCCUGGCUCUUAUUUCCGUGACUUGUGGAACAUUCUGGACUUCAUCGUGGUCAGCGGAGCUCUGGUAGCCUUUGCCUGCUCGGGGACGAAAGGCAAGGACAUCAACACCAUCAAGUCCCUGAGGGUCCUCAGAGUUCUGCGGCCGCUCAAGACCAUUAAACGGCUGCCCAAGCUGAAGGCGGUGUUCGACUGUGUUGUAAACUCUUUGAAGAACGUCCUUAACAUCCUCAUCGUCUAUAUGCUCUUCAUGUUCAUCUUCGCUGUUAUCGCUGUGCAGCUCUUUAAGGGCAAAUUCUUCUACUGCACCGACGAGUCCAAGGGUCUUGAGAAAGACUGCAGGGGUCAGUUUCUAGACUAUGACAGGGAUGACGUGGAAGCUCAGCCCAGAGAGUGGAAGAAGUAUGAGUUCCACUAUGAUAACGUUCUCUGGGCCUUCCUUACGCUCUUCACUGUCUCCACCGGAGAGGGCUGGCCAUUGGUCCUGAAGCACUCCGUGGAUGCCACUUAUGAGGACCAGGGCCCCAGUCCCGGCUUCCGCAUGGAGACAUCCAUCUUUUAUGUGGUCUACUUUGUGGUGUUUCCCUUCUUCUUUGUCAACAUAUUUGUGGCUUUGAUCAUCAUCACCUUCCAGGAGCAGGGGGACAAGGCCAUGUCAGAGUGCAGUCUGGAGAAGAAUGAGAGGGCUUGUAUUGACUUUGCCAUCAAUGCCAAGCCGCUAACGAGAUACAUGCCGGAGAACAAGCAGUCAUUCCAGUACAAGAUGUGGAAAUUUGUGGUGUCGCCUCCGUUCGAGUACGCCAUCAUGACUUUAAUCGCCCUCAACACAGUCGUGCUGAUGAUGAAGUUCUACGGAGCUCCAGAGCUGUACGAGUCCAUGCUGAAAUACUUAAACAUCGUUUUCACAGCCCUCUUCACACUGGAGUGCUUCCUCAAGAUUAUUGCCUUCGGUCCACUGAACUACCUGAAAGCAGCCUGGAAUGUGUUUGACUUUGUGACUGUGCUUGGAAGCAUCACAGACAUCUUGGCCACAGAGAUUAAGGACAAGAUGAUCAACCUGAGUUUUCUGAGGCUGUUCAGAGCUGCUCGUCUCAUUAAGUUGCUGCGGCAGGGCUACACCAUCCGCAUCCUGCUAUGGACCUUCGUUCAGUCCUUCAAGGCUCUGCCGUAUGUCUGCCUGCUUAUUGCCAUGCUUUUCUUCAUCUAUGCCAUCAUUGGAAUGCAGGUGUUUGGAAACAUUGAGCUGAUUGAGGAGACGGCAAUAAAUCACCACAACAACUUCCAGACCUUUUUCCAGGCACUGACCCUUCUGUUUAGGAGUGCAACAGGCGAGGCGUGGCACGAGAUCAUGUUAGCGUGUCUCAGUAACCGGCCAUGUGAUAAGCUCUCUGGAACUGCGGGGAAGGAGUGUGGAAGUGACUUUGCCUACUUCUACUUUGUCUCCUUUAUCUUCCUCUGCUCCUUCCUGAUGUUGAACCUAUUUGUCGCUGUUAUCAUGGACAACUUUGAGUAUCUGACCAGGGACGCCUCCAUCCUGGGGCCUCAUCACCUUGAUGAAUUCAUCCGCGUAUGGGCAGAGUAUGACCCUGCUGCCUGCGGCCGCAUCACUUACCAUGAUAUGUGCGAGAUGCUUCGCGACAUGUCCCCUCCGCUAGGUUUGGGAAAGAAAUGUCCCCCCAGAGUCGCCUAUAAGCGCUUGGUAAAGAUGAACAUGCCCAUUGCAGAUGACAACACGGUGCACUUCACCUCCACAUUGAUGGCCCUGAUUCGCACGGCCCUGGAGAUCAAACUGGCAUCUGGGGUCCUGGCGCAGCGUUUGUGCGAUGCUGACCUGAAGAGGGAGUUAAACCGAGUCUGGCCCAACCUGUCGCAGAAGACCGUCGACCUGCUGGUGACGCCACACAAAUACAAUGAGCUUACUGUGGGGAAAGUCUAUGCAGCGCUAAUGAUCUUUGACUACUAUAAGCAGAAUCGUGCCAAAAGACUCCAGCAACAGAAUUCUUCUGGGGGACCUCAGAGUAAACUGGGGGCGUUGUUCCGUCCUAUGCUGCCCCUCACUCACAUACUGGAAGUAGAACCGCCAAUGUCCAGCCCCAAACAGCCCCUUCCACCCAAGCCUGAGCCACAAGCAAAGCUAGAUACACUGCCCACCACAACCACCACCUCAGUUAAAAGGGACGCAAUACUAAACCAGAGGAGUGCCAUAAAACAUUCCCAGUCCGGAGAUAUUUCUCAGGCAGCACAGAGACCCAAAGGCCGAAGGAAACUACAGAGAGGCCAGUCAGAGGAUGUGUCAUAUUCCACCAGACCUCAGGAAUUGGUUGAACUGCAGCAGGUGGAGAACAUUUCAGACACAGAGGGCUAUCCAAGCCUGGAAGGCCACUGCAGAGCGGCUUCUCUGCCUAGACUCAAUGCUGAGUACUACCGGAGCCACCCUCGCCACGCCCCUGGGACCCACCUGGCACCAAUUGUCGACCUCAGUCCUAUUAGACGCUCAGCAUCCUCGCUGACACAGCAGCACUACCAGGAGGUUGGGCUAAGGGAGUAUGACCUGGAACGACCCGGCAUGGCGUCAACCACGCCAGGGCAGGUCCAGGGCCAGGACAGAGCCCACCACCAUCACCACCACCACCGUUGCCAUCGACGCAGGGACAAGGACAGAGAGAAGAAGCAGAGGUCCCUGGACAGAGCAUCAUCAGUGCAACCGUCCAGCACUGUUGGUUCGUUCACCGACCCUUCAGCUGAAGGUUUGUCUAGAGAACGAGCGAGGGAGCGGGACCGCAGCAGGCCUCAUGAGCGGAGGCACCACUCCUCAGCAGGAGAGAAGCAGCGCUACUACUCCUGCGAGCGUUACGGCAGCAGGGAGCAGUGUCACACCAAGUCAGCCGGUCCCAGCCGAUCCACAUCUCCCGGAGAGGGACAGGACGCUGGUUUGCUCAAACAGCAUGGUAGCAGUGUGGUUAGAGCUGGCCCUUUAACGCUCCCCUCGGGCUCGAGCACUCUGGGCCGUAGUCGCAGGCAGCUCCCACAGACCCCCCUCACCCCUCGUCCUGCUGUGGCCUACAAGACAGCCAACUCCUCACCUCUCCCGUCCGGUGCCAGCACCGCUACGACGGGGCACCAGACUCGCUUCAGCCGUGGCCUUUCAGAGCACGAUCGCUUAUUCGGGGGCCACAACGAGUCCCCGAUACCGGUCACCCGCAUCGGUUCAGACCCUAACUUAAACCGGCAGCCGCAGGUCGCUUCUCAACAGGCCCUACUUGAAGAGCCGGAGGACACUGUGAGCAGCCACGGAGGAGGACGCUCUGCCAGAACUGCUGCCUCCACCACAGCCUCAGCUUCACACGGAACUGCUGCUGCGCCCGUCACAGCCCGGGCGGGGGUGGUGCCUAAUGGGUACCACUUCACCCUCGGGGUGAACUCUGCGUCUGGGCCUGGGAGCCGAGGAAGUCUCAGGGAGAGGGAGGAAGAAGACUGGUGCUAAUAUGUCAGAAAACUGUUAGCUGAGGACGGUUCAGUUUAUCAGUGUUGUACAGCGCGCAUGUCCGGUCCAGUGAGCUGACAGGAAGCUGACAGAUAAAUACAGAAGGAAAGAUAGUGAGGAAAAAGCCAGAGGAAAGUGCUGUAAAAAGGGAUCAGAAAUCAUUCCAGCUUUGUAGUGUUACUCUCCUUUUUUAUACAACAAACUCUUUAAGGAAAAAAAGACACUGAUGACGUUUUCUACCCCCUUUACUUGCACUGAAAUUAUAGCACACGUGAAGACCCUUAAGUAUUUUGCCUUGGCCUGUAAAACCAGUGGAGCAGAAGACAAAAGCCAAAAUCCCCUCAUUCUUUGAGUGAACGCUGAACUGUGUUUCAGACAGAUCUGAAUGCCUCAUUUCUGGUAUUAAUAUGGCCGCCCGCACUGUUUUUAUUUUUGUAUGUUUCAUUUUGUUUCCUCUCUAUGGAUGUUUUUUCUUCAUCAGCCAUUACUUUGUGGUUAUCACUUAAUUAGGAAUAUUAGGAAAACAAAUUUAUUUGGGUCUUAAGCUUCUGCCACAACACCGGACCAAGUGAGUAAUGUGACAUGGGUUUUCAUGAUCAUGUUUUUGUAAAUUGUACCAGACGUACAUUUUGAGUGGUCAUAGGGACUAGAUAUCUCUUUUCUGACGUUAUGUGGCUGAAAACUAAGUGCCUCGUUUUCCAAAAUGUAUUAAGAUGCAGCCUGGUCAGACAGACUUGAAUAUACCAUAGAGGAUGCUGUGUGUACACAGGUGAGAAAAAGUGUAGAGAACAAAGUUUGAAUCUGGUAUAAUGGACAGAAUGCAAAAAAAGACAACACUUUUUUGUACUGAAUCUUGUGGUAGGUAUGUCAGAAUUACAGAUCCAAAGUAAGCAAUGUAGUGCAUGCCAGGGUCUUGAACUUGUCAAAAAAUAGUGUCUGUACUUUUGCUUAAGGGUGUGUGGUAAGCAUUUGCCUUUCUCUUUCAAAUAUACUGCCAGUCAGUUGGUAGAAAUGGUCUCUGAAUGGAGAGAAGUGCCAUUUUUUAUUUCUAAUCAACAAAAAAUAUUCAGAAACACUUGCCUCCUCUAGCAUAUAGUAUAUAUCUCAUCUCUGCCAUAUUUACCCAUAUUUCAUGGGUUUCCUUUCUUCUUACCUUUCCUCUGAGAGCAGUAUUGUGUGAGGGCUUGAAGGCGAGGUUACCUGUUUGUGUAUUCACAGGUACAAUAAAGAGUUGUGUUGUUGCUGCGGACUGUUGACUUAAAGUAGGGCUAUGCAACAAGACGACACUUCAUCUGCCCUGUAGCUUUACCCUCUGGAAUCUCCAGGUUCAGGCUUUAGUGUGACUGCGACCAAAUUUUACAUUUAUGUAUGAAGAGAUAUAAAUUGUAAAUGUAAUAUUAUAUAAUGUACAGUUAACUGAAACACACAGGCACAAAUGGUAUCAAAGCUGAUGUAUGUGGAUCAUGGGGCAUUGUUGGUUGGCAAGUUGACUGCAUGACGCCUACCUAGACUGAACCACCCAAAAUAUAAAACUAUGUUCUUUCCAGACUUGGGUCAAGUUGUAUUUUUAAAUCAUUUUAGUGUUGUUGUUUUUUUUAAACUUGCUCAGAAAAACAGAUGAAUAGGAUUAAUAGAGUGGUUUUAGUGUGAGGUAUUCCAUCAAUAACAGUUUCACAUGAGCCUAUCGGACCAAUACCAAGCUUCUACCCCAUGUCCUUAUACAGCUGACCUGGCUCAGUAAAAAGACUAAGUAUUUUCCAUAAAACAACUGAGCAAGUAGUUUUUAGCAAAUAUUAUUUAAAGAAGAGUAAAUAGUGCAUUUGUUGGGGACUAUUGCCAGCUGCGGAUUACUACUCAUGUGGUGCUAAAGUGAGUUUUUAUGGCCACCAGAAGGUGUUUGUGGGAUUGACUCAAAAUAAACUAUAGUGGCCAUAUUCGUGGUAAUGAUGUCUGUGGGAGUCAGCCCCGAGCUCAUUGAUUUCUAUUGAAGAUGUAAUUUAAAAAACAAAACAAAUAUAUCACUUUAUUUUUAAAACAUCCUCAGUCAUUACCUAAAACAGCUGGGCACUGUAGGUUUUAGCAAACGUUACUCAAACAGGAGUAAAUAGUGCAUUGGUUAGGGGCUAUUUUCCCCUGCAGGAUUGGAUGUUCUAGUGAUUAUUUAGUGUGGGAUUGUUAAGCAAAGAGGAAUAAGCUACUUUAUGUCAGGCUUUGUAAUCACAGACAAUACUUAGUUAGUAUAGGAUCAAUUAAUUGUUAGGUUUGUAUUGACACAUGAUGCAGUUCAUGGAUGAAAUACCUUUAGAUUUCAAUUAAAUGAAGUAAUUGGCCAAAGAACAAAUUAAUAUAUUAUGGUGCAGAUCCAGGAUUUGUCAAAAGUGUGUGUUAGGGAUUUUUUUAAACAUUGACCUUAUGGACCUAUUUGAAUUAAACAAAUGUUGCACGUGUAUAGACGGAUUAUAUAUCACUAUGUGUAUUUUGAAUCAAAAUACAAAACAACAGACUUCUAGGUGUCUAAAUAUCUGUGCUCUUUGUAUUGUCCUGGCUUGACUCUAAGCAAGUUCUUAAACAUGUAAAUUAUUAGCAAAUAUUAUUUGAUCUAAGUCUGACCAUUUCCAUGUGUUUUAAUUUAACUUUUUGUUGUCUCAUAUUUUGCAAUCUAUUUGAUGGAUCAUCUAAAGGGAGACAUUUUAGGUCAAUAAGGUCAAUAAGGUCUAACUGUAGGCAUGGCACUGUUCUUUGUAAAGGUAACACAGUAGAUUGCUUGUUAUCUUCCUGUCUUUAAAUGUUUCUGUAAGUUGCCAUAUUGGAGCAGAGAUUUCUCUACGGUACAUUUCUAAAAAGAUCCAACAUUUUCAGACUUCCGACGAGCCCCACGCGAACAGGGUGCCAAGUUUUCCUCUUACACUUUAACUAUGGCUGCCCCCGCUGGACAUGUCCUGUUUGCAUGUUCUGAAAUGAAAAUGUGCAUGUUGCAAAAGAAGAAAAAAAAAAGGAAAAAAAAAGAGGCAUUGUUUGACUUCUUUCAGUCCACAAUUUGUACAAUUUGUUUCCUGGUUGUGUUUUCUGAUUAUCUAAACACAGGUAAAGUAAAAAAGAAAAAAAAGGAGCUUGAUUAACAUUUUAUCACAGAACCACCAAAGUGGAAACAAGGCUCCUUCUCAGAAAAGAUGUGCCGGAGUGGCUAAAUCCUUCGCUGCCUGAUCUGUUACUUGACUGUCUCUCUCACAGUCAUUUCAACUGUACCUAUAGAUUUUGUAUGAAUAUAAGUAAUUGAAUAAAGAGGUAUGAAUAUGAA